CCACUGGAACACACCCUAUCCACACCCCAUCCACACCCCAUCCACACCCCAUCCACACCCCAUCCACACCCCAUCCACGCCCCAUCCACACCCCAUCCACACAAUUCCCCAUCCACACCCUAUACCACACCCGUAAAUACACUACUGUCCACGCCCCAUCCACAACCCCAUCCACGCCCCAUCCACACCCCAUCCAAACCCCAUCCAUGUGCCCAUCCACACCCCAUCCACACCCCAUCCACGCCCCAUCCACGCCUCAUCCACACCCCAUCCACACCCCAUCCACACGAUUCUGAAGACACAGCCAGCCUAGUUACAGGAACGUAA